AUGGCUGACGGUGGUGUGGCAGGGAAAGAAGCGGUGACUGACGAGGUGACGGACGUGUUGACGGACUCGUUUGGGCGGCAGCACAGCUACCUGCGGAUCUCGCUGACGGAAAAGUGCAACCUGCGGUGCUCCUACUGCAUGCCCGCGGAAGGCGUGCAGCUCACGGCGAAAGAGCACCUGCUUUCAACGGACGAGGUCAUUCGCCUGGCGUCGGUGUUUGUGUCGCAAGGCGUGACUAAGAUCAGGCUGACAGGCGGCGAACCCACUGUGCGGCGAGACAUUGUUGACAUCUGCCAGUCGCUCUCCGCCCUGCCAGGCCUCCGAACUCUGGCACUGACAUCAAACGGCAUGCUUCUCCCCACGAAGCUGCCAGCUUUAAGGGACGCGGGGCUGACCCACCUGAACGUCAGUCUGGACACCCUGGUGGAGCCCCGGUUCGAGCUGCUCACACGCCGAAAGGGCCAUGCCCGCGUGCUCAGAGCUAUCGACAUGGCUCUGGAUCUAGGCUUUGAGCCUCUCAAGCUCAACUGUGUGGUGAUGCGCGGCAUCAACGAUGACGAGAUUCUCGACUUCGUGGGUCUCACCAGGGACCGGUUGAUCAACGUGCGGUUCAUAGAGUUCAUGCCGUUCGAUGGCAACGUGUGGAAGACCAAGAAGAUGGUGCCUUAUGCUGAGAUCAUGGCCCGCAUUAGGGAAUGCCAUCCAGACAUUGCCCGCCUCAGAGACCACCCAUCCGACACGGCGAAAAACUUUCAGGUGCCCGGAUUCGCGGGCAGCGUGUCGGUAAUUUCCUCCAUGACCAGCCACUUCUGCUCGGGCUGCACGCGCCUGCGCUUGUUAGCCGACGGGAACCUCAAAGUGUGCCUCUUUGGCCCCAAUGAGGUGAGUCUGAGGGAUGCGCUGAGGCAGGGAGCAACGCAGGGGGAGCUGCUCUCCCUCAUCUCUGCUGCGGUGAAGCGGAAGAAGGCUGCUCAUGCGGGCAUGCUAGAGAUUGCGAGAACACACAAUAGACCGAUGAUUACCAUUGGUGGAUAG